AUGUCUAGAGUUGUUACUAGCUAUAAGAAAAAACAAAAUGAGUCGUUCUACCUGCGCUCUUGGAUAGCUCCGGAUAUACUUGAUCUGGCGCGUAUUCAUGUAGGGUUUCCAAUCUGGCCCCGACUGGAUAAAUUGAUUCCAUCGUGUGACACGACGAGCUCUUCGCUAUUCAAUCCGCAAAACUUGCAGAACAAACGCCAUUUCGUGAAAGUCACUGGGUUCCACAAAGUCCACAAUUAUACCGUAUAUGGCUCAGUCCGCGACGACUUUUGCCAUAUCCUUAGUUGAAUUCACGCCACAAUGUGUCAGUGAGUUCGAACGAUAUCACUCGAUACGCAUAACGGACAAGACUGUCAACACGUUAUUUUUAAUAGGAGACGUGGCAAUGAAGUACGUACCUGUGCGGGAGCUCCAUGACCCUAGAAAGUGGUCCAUGAUGCUCGGUCUAGAUCCACGCAUUUCAGUGGUACCUGUAUUAGUAAUUGGGCAAUGUCUUGCGUUCGAUCUAGACCAGGUAGAGGCUUCUGCCAAAUUUCCAUACCUUUACCACCUCGAGUCCUUCAGUGCCGUAUUCGGGAGAGAACUAAGCUAA